CCCUCUAAGCGAAAUUUUCAUUUCCCUGUCGGCCCAAGAAUUAAUGGAUAAAAGUACGUAAAACUAGUAGAAUUUUCCACAGGAAUUGAAGCAGCAAGAUGCAAUCAAAGGAUAUAGUAAGCACGUUAAAGAAGUUCGACGCAUACCCUAAGACGCUCGAAGAUUUUCGAGUGAAAACUUUCGGUGGAGCGGCAGUGACAUUGGUUAGUGGAUUGCUGAUGUUCCUUCUGUUUGUAUCAGAAUUAAGUUUUUACUUAUCAACAGAGGUUACACCAGAACUAUAUGUUGAUACUGCCCGUGGAGAAAAGCUUAGAAUUAAUGUAGAUAUCAUUUUCUCAAAAUUACCCUGUGUUUAUUUAAGUAUAGAUGCCAUGGAUGUAUCUGGCGAGCAACAGAUUGAUGUAAUGCAUAGUAUAUUUAAAACAAGAGUGGAUUUGGAUGGAAAACCUAUUGACGAAAAUGCAGAAAAAGGAGAUUUAGGUGAUAAGAGCCACGAGGCCAAAGAGUUACUUGAGCUUGAUCCCAACAGAUGUGAAUCUUGUUAUGGUGCAGAGACAGCUGGAAAGACUUGCUGUAAUACAUGCGAAGAUGUGAGGGAAGCCUACAGAAGGAAAGGAUGGGCAUUAUCAGAAAUAGACAACAUCAAACAGUGUCUCAGGGAAGGUUGGAAAGACAAACUUCAAGAGCAGAAAAAUGAAGGCUGUUUAGUGACGGGUCAUCUGGAAGUUAACAAGGUGGCUGGGAACUUUCACUUCGCCCCUGGAAAAAGUUUUCAACAACAUCAUGUUCAUGUCUCCAUUCUCAAGUUAAGCUCAGGGGGAAAUGUUAUUAAACUGAAUAUGCACGAUUUACAGCCAUUUGGAUCCACUCAGUUUAAUCUGUCUCAUCAUAUUCGCCACCUUUCAUUUGGCCAUGAAUACCCUGGAAUAAAACAUCCCUUAGAUGAUACAUAUAUUUCUGCAGAAGACUCUGGAAGCAUGUACCAGUAUUUUGUGAAGAUUGUCCCAACAAUGUAUCGGAAGUUAAAUGGCGAGGUUGUAAGAACUAACCAGUUCUCAGUCACUAAGCACAAGAGAGUGAUAAGACAGGUGUCUGGUGAACAUGGUCUUCCAGGUGUUUUUGUUUUAUAUGAAUUCUCUCCGAUGGUGGUUCAGUACACAGAGAGCAGAAGAUCCUUCAUGCAUUUUCUGACUGGAGUCUGUGCUAUAGUUGGUGGUAUUUUUACAGUUGCUGGACUUGUGGACUCUAUGAUUUACCAUUCAGCUCGAGCAUUGCAAAAGAAAAUUGACCUAGGAAAAGCAAGCUAACGUAUUUUGGAGAAUGGUUGUCAUGUGACUCAAUCUGAUGCAGCAGUGUUAGGUGACAAUAGACUUUGGUUGACAUAACGGCGAGCUGUACAAACUUUCAUCCACCACCCAGAACAUUUUGGAAAUUUCAAGGCAGUAGAAUUAGAAAUUAUCUCUAGGGACCAGUUUUUAUAUGGAUUUGUAAUAAUAAUCAACAAUAGUGUAGUCUUUUAACUCUUUAUCUACUAGAAACGAUUAAAAUGUAACUUCCCUCUGAAAUAUCCAAACAUUAUCCAGCAAAUCAAUAACAAGAAUUCUCAUCUUAACAGAUAGUUGGUAUCUUGAUAUAAUACUAAAUUCUUGUAAGUUACAAAGGAAUCUAUAAUAGCUAGAGGGGAGAGUUAACAGUAAGAUCUUAAGAGUUCAAGGAUUUUAAACGAAAACAAUAUACUACUGAAUCACACUGAAUUACAAGUGUGUGCCACCUUAAAAAAAAAACCAACCAUAAUUAAUUUAUGAAGCUGUAUUACUUUUCUUAUUUUCGGGGCAUUAGUCAAGGACGAAUGACGAAAUGCCAUUUGGAUGCCCAUCACCUAAUGUUUGAUAGGCUGUCUUCAAUACAUUGUCGCUACAGACUGAAAAUAUUAUUUGAAUGUGUUGAUUUUGAUCGAUGUAAAUCGUUAACGGCAGUUGUGGUUGGUGGUUUCGAUGAUUUUUAUUUAAUUGAAUUGCAUAUAUCAUUUCUUGUGUACUGACAUUUGAAAUCUAGAAAUCACUAUGAGGUUUAGUACAAUAAUUCAAAAUUGCAAAUCAUAAAAAGAGGCCUGAAAAAUUUGGUUUGUUGCCGCUGAGUGAAAAACUGGAACUUGUAAUUGAGUGAAGAUUAUCCUUGUGUCAUUAUAAAAAAAAAAGUUUUUUAAACAUUAGUCUUUCUUGUUGUGACUUGGAAAAUCUUUGGUCCAUUGGAGCCAUAUUCAAAGUGUCGAAAGUAACCCUGGAAUGGAUAGGUUUUGCUUUACCUCUUUCUCAACCAAUCAGAUGCAAAACUAAAACCAAUCACGACUUGGCCGCGCGUGUUUUCCCGUCCUUCUGGUAGUUUCGUUUUUACCUUGAGUUGUCAUUGGCUCUUCUGUUUAUUAUCCUUUUUUCUGAUUGGUCGUAGUGAUAACUUUGGCUUUAGUUUUACGACACUCAUUCAAUAAGCAGUCUAUUAGCAUCCAGCUAUCAAACCAGUGUGAGAAUAAAGAGGUAGGCUUAAAACUGUUUACUUUAAGUAGCAGAACCUUUCAAAAUAUGUUGUGGACUCCAUUUUGUUUAAUGCGUAGACCUGGGGAGAACUUAACCGUCCCUGAUCCUAACCAAAAAGGGACAGAUACAUCCUUUAAUGGAGGACUAGGUAAAGUGUUUGGAGAAAUGUCCUUGCGUUUAGUCAUGUCACAGGUGGAAACACUAUGUUAGCAUACACCACGAAAAAAUUUCAAGAAACACACCAAGCAGAAUGAUGGGACUUUUUCCUUUUAUCAAACUGUACAUUAUUAUAGUUGUUACACAGGUCAGUUCCUCUUAAAAAUAUAAAAAUACACCUUUAACGAGAAAA